ACAUGGUUCGAUUUCGUAAGCAACGGUAUGGCGUCUCUGGUGUCGUUGAAGUGUCUUUGAAGUGUCAGUUCAGCACGUCGAACGUGAGGCCGAAGCAGACCUGCUGCCCUAUGAGACCAUCGUACGGGCUUUACACAAGGACCACGACGACUCUGUAGAAGCAUCCCGUCCCCUCUUUCGUCUUAACGUCAGAUCUUAAGCUGGGCAAACCUUUCCAUCCUUUUGAACAAUUGAUGGGCGUUCUCCCCGCCGCGAGUAUGGAUCACAUUCAGCAAGCAUAUCAAGACCUAAUGUACGAUUCAAAUUCACCGAUAUUGGACUUCUACCCCAUCGAAUUCGAGCAAGACCUAAAUGGGAAGAAACAAGAGUGGGAAGCGAUCGUCAAGAUUCCCUUCAUUGAUGAGGAGCGGCUGUUACGAGCAAUGAAUUCCCGGGCACAUAGGCUAACUCCAGAAGAACGCCGCCGCAAUGACUUCGGAACCAGUACCAAAUUUUCCUUCAAUCCUGGAGAGUCCACCGUCUAUCCUUCAUCGUUGCCAGACUUCUUCCCUCCCAUAUAUCGUUUCACGUGCAAGAUGGAAUCCUUCGAUCUACCAACUCUUGACGGACUCCAUCUCGUGCCUGGACUGUGUGAAGGUGUAUGGGUCCGGAGGAUUAAAGCGGCUCGCGACAUGACCAGCGAAGCUCCAACAAUCUCACUACUGAACGCAAACCAAGUGCCCUCGUUCGUUCACCACCCCAAGUCCAAGACAACAGCCUUAGCCGCCAGCUUUCGGAGACCCUAUUGGGUGUCAAGGGUUCUAUGCUCAGACAAAAGAACAGCCCACCGCCAGAAGUUAAGGAAGAGAAUCCCCUUGCACGCCUGAAGCUUCUUCUCAUCGUAUCCUUCCUGACGCUGCACAUUUUGAACUUCGCAACCACUCUCACACCCGCGACCAUCUCGAGGCACCAGACUCAGACCUUGAUCGACUCUGCAGUGAGCGAGUACUCGGUGGUGCACAAAGUCGACAUUACGGCUCCUGCCAUUGUCAGUGUGCUCGCCGACCUUGCCGCU